UGCUUUUCCAAGGUUCGGGCCGGAGAGAGGCCUGGUAGGCACAGCUGCUGUGGCUCGAUCGGCUCCGCGUAAGGGCUCCUGCCCUGGUCGGAGCCCGGAGGUCCGCGGCCGCCGACCCGCGCCUGCUCCCUCCCAACGUCCAGGCCGACGAAAUGACCAUUAAGAAGUAGAUGCCCAGAUGCAAAAGUGAUGAAACAGUCAGUUUGUCAUAAAGUAAGAUGCAGCUGUGGCUUUUCAACCAGAUUAGAACAGAAUUGUAUCUGUUUCUCUCAGAAGAGAAUUCCACAAGAGAAAACAGAAAUGAGAGGAAUCUGGUUUAAAUUGCAGUACCAGGAAUUUAGAUUAGACAUAAAGAGUUUCCAGAAAAUAAAGUACCACAUAUUGAAGUGAUUUGUUAAGUCACCAAACAAAGAAAACAUGGUAUUUUGAAGAAUGAUUAAACUCCUGAUGCUGCAGAAGAGGCUAAGAAUAUUAAUGGCUAGAUCUAGCGCUCACAUGGUCUUCUGAAGAAGCCAUGGGUAGCUGUUGUAGCUGUCCAGAUAAAGACACUGUCCCAGAUAACCAUCGGAACAAGUUUAAGGUCAUUAAUGUGGAUGAUGAUGGGAAUGAGUUAGGUUCUGGCAUUAUGGAACUUACAGACACAGAACUGAUUUUAUACACUCGCAAACGUGAUUCAGUAAAAUGGCACUACCUCUGCCUGCGGCGCUAUGGCUAUGAUUCAAAUCUCUUUUCUUUUGAAAGUGGUCGAAGGUGUCAAACUGGACAAGGAAUCUUCGCCUUUAAGUGUGCUCGUGCAGAAGAAUUAUUUAACAUGUUGCAAGAGAUUAUGCAAAAUAAUAGUAUAAAUGUGGUGGAAGAGCCAGUUGUAGAAAGGAAUAAUCAUCAGACAGAGUUGGAAGUCCCCAGAACACCUCGAACACCUACAACUCCAGGGUUUGCUGCUCAGAAUUUACCUAAUGGAUAUCCCCGAUAUCCCUCAUUUGGAGAUGCUUCCUCGCAUCCUUCAAGCAGACAUCCUUCUGUGGGAAGUGCACGCCUGCCUUCAGUGGGUGAAGAAUCUACUCAUCCUUUGCUUGUGGCUGAGGAGCAAGUCCAUACCUAUGUCAACACCACAGGAGUGCAGGAAGAGCGGAAACACCGCACAAGCGUGCACGUCCCAUUGGAGGCGAGGAUCUCUAAUGCUGAAAGCAACACACCAAAAGAAGAACCAAGUAGUAUUGAGGACAGGGACCCUCAGAUUCUUCUUGAACCUGAAGGAGUCAAAUUUGUCUUAGGACCAACCCCUGUUCAAAAGCAGUUAAUGGAAAAAGAGAAACUGGAGCAACUUGGAAGAGACCAAGUCGGUGGGAGUGGUGCAAACAGCACGGAAUGGGACACUGGGUAUGACAGCGAUGAGCGCAGAGAGGCACCCUCUGUGAACAAACUGGUGUAUGAGAAUAUAAAUGGGUUAUCUAUCCCUAGUGCCUCAGGGGUCAGGAGAGGUCGUCUGACAUCCAGCAGUACCUCAGAUACCCAGAAUAUCAACAACUCAGCUCAGAGAAGAACUGCAUUAUUAAACUAUGAAAAUUUACCAUCUUUGCCUCCUGUUUGGGAAGCCCGCAAGCUAAGUAGGGAUGAAGAUGACAAUUUAGGACCAAAGACCCCAUCUCUAAAUGGCUACCAUAAUAAUCUAGAUCCAAUGCAUAACUAUGUAAAUACAGAGAAUGUAACAGUGCCGGCAAGUGCUCACAAAAUAGAGUUUUCCAGGCGUCGGGACUGUACGCCGACGGUCUUUAACUUUGAUAUCAGGCGCCCAAGUUUAGAACACAGGCAGCUCAAUUACAUACAGGUCGACUUGGAAGGUGGCAGUGACUCUGACAACCCUCAGACUCCAAAAACGCCUACCACUCCCCUUCCACAGACCCCUACCAGGCGCACAGAGCUGUAUGCUGUGAUCGACAUCGAGAGAACUGCUGCUAUGUCAAGUUUGCAGAAAGCACUGCCACGAGACGAUGGCACAUCUAGGAAGACUAGACAUAAUAGUACUGAUCUGCCCAUGUGAGCCGGGAAAGCAUUACCUUGUUUGCACCUUUGUGAAGUUUUCAAAAAUGAAGAUGCGAGUGCUUCAUUUUCAUUUCUAAACACUAACUCCUUUUAUAGACUGAUAAGAUUUUUUUUUCCUGAAUAUUUCCUGUGCUUCUUUAACUAAAGGGAAUUAAUGUAGAGCAGGUACUCCUUAAAGAACACUCAUUUCAGUAUAUACUACUCAUUACUGUCCAGCAGCACCCCCAUUCUCACAGUGCCUAUUUAAAAUGAGAGUUGAAGUGAGUGACAAUGCUGGUUGAUUUGUAUCAAUAUUCCGGACGUACGCACAUCAUUCAUGUCUAAGUCAUGGUUGGCGUUUAAGACAUUUUAUAAAGCCUCUUGAUAAUGUGCAUUGCUAACAGAUAACUCUAGGCUUUGAAAGUAAUAUUUGUAGAUUCACUAUUCAUGGUAUAUGGCCUCCGGCAUGUAACGUGAGGAAUCCUUUAUUUCGUUAAUUGUAGGCUUUUUGACUUGAGCCAAAACAUAUGUAAAGGAAGUAGAAGUACCACACCUCCUUAUAUACCAGUCAGUUCCUUUGCCUUCUGCGUUACUAGAAAGAGUCCUAUGUCCGUGAAUGUGGUUUGCUCUUGGUGUGUUGAAGGGCAGGAAGGAGUCAAGAUUUUCUGUUCACUCAUCUCAUGAUGUCAUUUGAAGGGCAUGCCCAGAUAUCUUAAUGAGAAUUCCACUAGACUCAAGAAUCAGUCUCAGGUCACUUUACCCAAAAACUUUGGAAAUCUGAACCACGAUCUCUUGAAAGUUUCUCUCCUAUAGAUUAUUAACCAUAACAUUGUUUUCUGGAGGCAUCUGUGACAUCAGGUUGCCAUUUACCUUCGGUUUUUUUCCUUUGGUGUUUGGGAUGUCUUAUUUUGUUGCUUGAUGUCUUUUUCAAUUUAAAAUGUUUGAGUUUGUAUAUAGUUUUGAAAUUGGAUUAUGUGUUCAUUGUUUAGUUUGCAUUUUUGUCAAAUUGUGGUUUUGAAGGUUCAUUUGGAACUUACUGUUAUUCUAUAACAGGGUUGCCCUUGUCCAGUAUUUAUUUAUAUGCUGUUUACUUUUCAAGUUGAUAAAAACAUUCGCUCGAUUUGAAAUUUCCCUUGCGUCCAUUGGUGAUCUCUUUAACAGCUGAGACAAAAAGGAAGCAACUUUUAACACGCAGAGCUCCCUAAUGGUACUGUUUGCUCUGUGGGCGCUCUCCCCCCCCCCCCCCCCCCCAGCACUUUAGCAGUGAUUCCCUCGUCACACGGCUGCGGUUUUACUCUGCCCACGGUAGUGCUCCUCGGCUCGGCUGUUCUUUCUCACAGCUGGGUCUUUGAUUAUCCCUUGAUUUCAGGAGAGUGUUAGCAUUGUUGCCAGCAUAGCAGGUACAGUGGAAGUCUUCUAGCAAUGAGAUUGUGUCAUAAUUUAGGAUUUAAACCGAAUUGAAGUUUCUAUAAACUGAUGAGACUCCACAUGCCUAACUCCUAGAAAAUCAGAAUGUUCCAGUUUCUCAAACAGUAGAGAAGACAAGAGAAGGUAGAGUGGAAAGGUUAGGGUACUGUUUUCUCUAAAUGUGAGGGCGUUUGAGGUCAUGAUUUGGAUCUAUCUGAUGUAACUAACGUUAAUUUAGCAUGAAAAGGUUUCAGUCAUAUAGCACCCAACCUGAUCAGUAAAUAACCUAAUUAUAUAGGACAGUGACUGGAUUAGCAGAAUAAUAGAGUGGGACCAUUAUAAAGAAAAUAAAUUAUUAAAGGUGUCUGUUAUUUUCAGUGCCAUCGGUUUAUGUGCAUAGCAGAAUUUUCUUCUUUUCUUUUCUGUGAACUUGGUGCUUGACUAAAGUGUUCACUGUUCUCUAAAAAGAGAAUAGCGGUAUAGGUGUGCAGUUUCCAUUUUUAAUAUAUUGUUCCAUUUAUGCUUUCUUCUGAGUAGAAUGCUAAUCGUGCCAAAUUUAUGUGUUGGUUUUUGUAACGAGGAAUAAGAAUAAUAAUGGAACCAGUACACGCGGUUUUCUCCAAAACAAGCAGGCAAGACAGAGCCUCCAAAUGAAAGGGCUGACCUAUUGAUUCAUUUUGGAGGUUGGAUACUUUAUUUUCUUUCUUUUCCUCAUCAUUUUCCUUUUCCUUCCAGAUUCUAAUUAGUCUUUAUAUAUUUUAGGUAGCUCCGAUAUAAUCAUUGCAGUUUAUGCUUUAAAUACUGUGUGCUUUAAAAAUGAAAAUGGGACCAAUUUGUCUGCUAAGAAUUUGAUUUUAGGUACUAUGAGUAUUAGGAAGAUGUAUACAACUGGUGUUUACUUCUAGAUGUCUCUGGAAAUCACCCGUGUUCCUAUUUAAUAAAAAGUAAUGUGGAACACUACUUGUCCUUUGCAGUAGUCUAGCCAUGGGCAUUAAGCUCUGUCCUGGAAGAAUGUACCAGUUACUAGGUACAUUUUAGAACGAGAUAUUUUAUUGGGAUAUAAUUGUGGCCAUAAGUUUCAGAUUUUCUGAGACAGACCUAAUUUUAGCUAUUCUGUUCUUUGAUAGACCAUACGAUCC